GGAAGCUUGGAGAGAGCGAGCAGGGCCGCGCGAGCCGCCGGCGGUUCGUAUUAGCGGGGUCGGAGGAGGAGCCGGGUCAGGCCCGCGGGUGGAGCGGCGCGGAGGCCGGGGGACAGCGUCGGGCGGGGCGUCCUCCCACCUCCGCAGCCGUCGGCCCGGCCCGGCGGGCGGCCAGGCCUCACCUGCCAUCCCCUAGGCCGCGGAGGGAACCGCCCGCCCGCCCGCCAGCCAUCGAGGCCGAUCUCCCCCCCCCCCCCGCCCCGCCCGGGGCCGGCGGGCGCCGGGACGGUGGAGACGCGGGUCCGCGCGGACGCUGGACGGCGCGGCCAGGUGAUGUGGGCCCCGGUGCUGGUGCAGAGGAAGGGGACCCCCAGAGCAGCCGCGCCCCCGGGCUGUCCGCCGGAGGCCUUUUGACCUCCGCCCCCGGGACGUUGGGCGGCCGAGGGUGCCUGGCUCCGCGCACGAUGCUGUGAUUAGGGACCCCGGUUGUCCCUGCGGGCGGGGCACUGCCUGCGCUCCUGAACGCGGUGAGGAGCCGAGGGCCAGGAUGAUGCUGUCCGAGCAAGCCCAAAAGUGGUUUCCAACCCACGUGCAGGUCACAGUGCUCCAAGCCAAAGAUCUGAAGCCGAAAGGCAAAAGUGGCACCAAUGACACAUACACUAUAAUUCAGCUGGGCAAGGAGAAAUACUCCACGUCUGUAGCCGAGAAAACCCUUGAGCCGGUCUGGAAGGAAGAGGCCUCCUUUGAGCUGCCUGGCUUGCUCAUGCAGGGGAACCCAGAAAAGUACAUUCUCUUCCUGAUAGUUAUGCACAGGUCCCUGGUGGGGCUGGAUAAAUUUUUAGGGCAGGUGGCAAUCAAUCUCAAUGACAUCUUUGAGGACAAACAAAGAAGGAAAACAGAGUGGUUUAGGUUAGAAUCCAAACAAGGAAAAAGAGUCAAAAACAGGGGUGAGAUAAAGGUCAAUAUUCAAUUUAUGAGGAACAAUAUGACAGCGAGUAUGUUUGACUUAUCAAUGAAGGACAAAACAAGAUCUCCUUUUGCAAAAUUAAAAGAUAAGAUGAAAGGUAGAAAAAAUGACGGGACAUUUUCUGAUACUUCUUCUGCGAUCAUUUCAAGUACUCCCAUGCCUGAUGCCAAUAUUGAAUUUUCAAGUGGAACCCAGAUGAAACCCAAACCAAAAAAGCCUUUUCUCUUGGGUCCUCAGCGGCUCUCUUCCGCGCACUCAAUGUCUGAUUUAACUGGGUCCCACAUUUCUUCUGAGAAACUGAAGUCUGGUGCCAUAGGUCAAACAUAUCUUCUCAGUCGCCAGGUAGAUUCCUUUGGAGCAGUGCCAGAAAGUGGAAGUCUCAAGUCUCCACAUAGAAGAACACUGAGUUUUGAUACUUCUAAAAUGAACCAGCCUGACAGCGUUGUGGAUGAAGGUGAAUCCUCUUUUGGAAGACAGAAUGACCCAUUUACAAAUGUGACUGCUUCUUUACCCCAAAAAUUUGCAACACUGCCAAGGAAGAAAAAUCCAUUUGAAGAAAGCGGUGAAUCAUGGGAUGGCAGCAUGAGUUUAUUUUCAAAAUCAGUUGAAGUAAGAAAAGAAAAUAAAAGAGAGAAAAGAGAGAAAGUGAGCCUGUUUGAAAGAGUGACUGGGAAAAAAGAUAGCAGAAGAGUUGACAAGCUUAACAACGGGGGAUCCGAUAGUCCUUGUGAUUUGAAAUCACCCAAUGCGUUUAGUGAAAAUCGGCAGGACUAUUUUGAUUAUGAGUCAACUAAUCCGUUUACAGCAAAAUUCAGGGCUUCAAAUACAAUGCCAUCUUCAAGUUUUCCUAUGAAUCCGACAAGCAAUGAAGACCUCAGGAAAAUCCCGGACAGCAAUCCUUUCGACGCCACGGCAGGGUUCCGGAGCCUGACCUACGAAGAGGUACUGCAGGAGCUGGUGAAACACAAAGAACUGCUUCGGAGAAAGGAUACCCACAUCCGGGAGCUGGAAGACUACAUCGACAACCUCCUGGUCAGGGUGAUGGAGGAGACACCCAGCAUUCUCAGAGUGCCAUACGAACCGUCCCGGAAAGCUGGCAAGUUCUCCAAUAGCUAGAGAAGCCCAGAGCACUGCUGUCGUCAUUGGAAAGAAGGCAUGAGAGAAAGAAGAGAAGUACAAACUUGUUACUGGAAGAGACCAUGCAUCAGGUUUUCUUGCAUACUCUCCUUCAUUGUAAAAAGUUGUUUUACCUGUACAUAGUAGCAGGGACUAUCAAGGGUGACCUUUGAAGUGAGCAAAAUACUCUAAACUUCUAAAGUGAAAAUGGGUCAGGGUCUUGAUGAAUAAGCUGUUCUGUAGGAUUCACUUGGGUGCUGGUCCACCAAUCUGCCAUAGGCCCAAAAAUACCUUCAGAAGUCCACAAGUUAUUCCUCAGGAGUAGAGUUUUCAUAAAGCAGAGUUGAUACUGUGGCUGGAUUCUGAGAAGUCAGUUUGUAGACAUACUUAGCUUCAGGAAUACUGCUCAUUAUUAUAAACACUGCUAAAAUAGUUCAUGUUUUAUAUACAAGUGUAUGUACAUGAAUGUAAGUAUUCAUGUAACUCUGUAUAUAAAAUAUGUGCACAUACCUCAUAUAUAUGUGUGCUUAGUACAGUUAAAAACAACUGGUUGCCUCUGCGUUUAGGGUACCAGCUAGUUCCUUAGUUUAAAAAUGUCAGCUUGCUCUGUGGAUGUGGAAGUCAUCAUACUACCAUUGCCCUGGUUAGCAGGAGCUGCUUCAGAUCACUCUUGACUCUGUGAACCUUGAUUUCCAAGUGAGCUCUUCUGUAUGAUUUCAGCAUCAAAUUUUUACUAUUUUUCCAAAACUCAUGAUCUGAGGCCUCCUUCUCACCCCUGGGAUCAAAGCCAAGGCCUGUAUAUACUACGCAAGUGCUCUACCAUUGAGAUGCAUCCCCUACCCUCCUAACAUCCUUUUUAAAAGAAUAACAAAUUUUAGGAAACUUCAUUAACUUCACAGUUGCAUGAGUUUCUUUCAGUCAGUUUUUACCUAACAUUUAAGUUUUAUUUAAGGUAUAAACAGAAGAUAAGCUAAUGGCGAUUUGUUUUGUUGAAAUUCUGCAUGCCUUUAAAUCAUUAACAAAGAAAAUAUUAUAUUUGAAAGAGAAGAAAAGUUAUAUCUGAAAAUAAUUUGGGGUGAAAAAAACGUAGUUGAUCGUCUGGUGCCUGAUAACCCAAAGCAGUGGUUAAAUACUAGGAAUGAAGAAUUAGGCUUGGUUUCAAGUUUCAUAAAUAAUGGAACAGAUGGUUGCUUUUGGUUCUGAACAAAAAUAAAACUUAACUACAGAAGUGCGUUCUAGCAUGAUGUUGUGUACUACUCUACGUCCACCGUUUAAAAGUGAGCUCUGUUUGAAGUCUCCUCCCCCAAAACGUUGAUUCCUUCCAUGGCUUAGCUUUAUGUACUUGUACAAAAUCGUCCUGAAAUUUAAGUUGAAAACAAUAAUAUAAAAUGUUGCUGAUCUUCUGCUUUUUUUUUAACCUUAAAAUCUAAAAUACUUAAUAUGAAACACAGUGGUGGUAUGUCUUUCUAAAUUUAAAAUGAGACGUUCCUCUCCAUGUGGAGAUACUGUCUUCCCUAAUUCUUUAAUAAACUGCAUUUUCUGAUAUUUAUCACUAGCUAGACGUCAUCAAAAGUUUAACCAGAUAUUUAUAACAAUAUUAUAAAUUAGAGUAGACCAAACUUAGGUUCUUAAACUAAAAUUCCUUGUUAUCUGUGUUUUCUGAGUUUCUUUAGUUUUCCUGUGACAGCAUGUAUUUUGAAAUUGUGAACAUUUCCCAAAUGCAAAAAUAUAAAUACUUUUCUAAGGUUAAGAAACAGCGAAGGAAAACUAUCUUUUAUCAAUUUUCCCUCCACUUAUAAGAAAGUUCUGAAGUAAACUUCAAAAUUAGUAUAGGGUUUUAUUGUCGCAC